AAAAGGUCACAGAUUGUUAAGAGAAUAAAUAUAUAGUUGAUACUAAUCUACUUUAUUACUUUAUUUUCUGAUUAGUUUUCUAGAGAAAACUAACAAUAAUACUAAACAAUUACACAAAGUCUGGAUCCAUUUUUUAAAUCAGUUGUUCUUUAGACACAGAGAAGUAAGGGUGAAGUAAAAUGGAAGAGUUAUAUCUCCAAUUCAAAAACUUUGAGCAACAGUAUAGUCAAUCAAAGAGGAAGGCAGUGGACAUUGGUUGGUUGCCUUCAGGCCCACCAAACUUCACAGGUGAACAGUUUGGGUGAGAAUGACCCACCUGAAGCCCUGGAGUGAACUGAACGACUUUAGUGAAUAAAUAUCUCACCUUGACCAGAGAGAAUGGUUCAGCAAUGAUCAUAUGACUCAAAUCAGGACAACUAGGGCCAAAGAGGCCCAAUUCAGAAACUAUAGCUUAAACUGUUUGGAAUUAAAACUUUUUCUUUUCUGAUAUUUAUAAACAAGGAACAUUCAUCAUUUAUACAUUUCUAUACAUUUAUAAACAUAGCCCUGGGAGUUGUCAGCUUGUAUUCUGAGAUAUGAAAAAAAUCCCUGCCUAAAAACUGAAGAUAUGAAAGAGAGAAAUGAAGAAGGAAACUGGGACCUUGGCCAUCGCAUUUUAGUCCUAGAUAAAGUCUCUCCUGGGAGCAAAACUUAUCCCUGGACUCUUCAGUUGUGUGAGCCAAUAAAUUCUAUUUUUUUGAUUAAGCCACAUUAGGUCAUAUGUUGCUUACACUAAAAAGAAUGCUAAUCAAUGUGAGCAGCCAAAGUAAGUACCAUCAGAAAGACCUGAAGAACAUAGUACUAGAAUUUCAAAUUAAACAACAUGAAUGAACUUUGGCUCAACGUUCUAUACUUGAUGACUCUGGUAGUUCUACAACAUAGGCUAAGAUAAAUAUCCUUAGAGUUUUUAAUCUUGUUAGGAGGAAAUAAGAUAAAAAUAUAAUAGGUUAAAUAAUUUUAAAGUAUUUCAAGAUCAAAGAAAAGGUGAGGGUAGUAAAUAUUCUUAGUAUAUGUGCUGCUGAAGCGAGCACAAGAGUAAUAAAUAAUCACUUAUCAAAGAGACUGUAGGAAAAAACACUGCUAUUAAGGUCAGAAGAGGGAGAGAUCAACACAAACUGAGCAAUGAGAGCUACUUAGAAGACCUAGUGGCUGAAGUGGUUAGGAGAAAUUUCAAACUCAAUAAGAGGAGGGAUUGGUAGGCCUCUUGGAGAGAAGUAAAGAGAAGAAAUAGGUACUAGAUAUGUUGAGGCAACAGUUAGUUUAGUUGGAAUGGAGGAUUCACAAAGAGAAGUUUUAAGAGAUAAAGCUGGAAAAACACCUAAUAGCUAAAUUAGGAAGGGACUAAAACCGUUCAACUAAGGGGCUCAGGUUUUCUCCUAGGAGCCUGGCAUUCCUCAUAGUGUUCUAUGGAGCACCAGCAUCGGCAUCAGCUGUGGUGUUUUCCUGGUCCCAGCCCAAAUCUACUACGUAGUGGGGCCUGGCAAUUUUCAUUGUUUUUAAACAACCUUCUUGAUUGAUAUUUAUGUGCACAAGUAUUUCUGAAUCACUGAUGUGUUAAGAAGUUAUUCAACUUUAUUUUAUUUUUUUAAAGAAAGGGGUGAUAUGAUAAAAGGAAGUGCUAUAUAUAAGAUAUAUAAAGGAGUUAAGGCUAGUAAAAAAAGAUACUGUAGUCUAGGUACUGCCUAUCAAGGAGCUAAAAUACAGUGAUGCACCAUUUAAAGAUGAAGGGAUAUAUUCUGAAAAAUGCACUGUUAGGCGAUUCCGUUGUGCAAACAUCAUAGAGUGCACUUACACAAACCCACUACUGGUAACUAUUAUGUGCUACACGUUUAUAGCACUGGCAGCACAGUAGGUUUGUUUACACCAGCAUCACCACAAACACAUGAGUAAUGCAUUGCACUAUGUUAUCUUGGCUACUAGGGGAUAGGAAUUUUUUGGCUCUAUUAUACAUUCUUAUGGGAUCACAACUGUAUACGCAGUCUGUCACUGACCAAAAAGUAAUUAUGCAGUGCAAGACUGUAAAAAUAAAUUACAGUAAAAAAGAAACCAAAUCUAAGAAUAUGAAGAAAUGAUGAACAUGGUCCAAAGGUCUGAUUGGCAUUAUAAGAAAGGACUUGAAUGAAAAGGACCUGCUGAAUGAAUACCAAGCCUCUGAGAUUACAAAGAAGGUUGCUAUCAUGAACAAAAACAAAGAGAUUAUGAGGGGUAGCUACUUUUGGGAGAAAAAGGAACUUCAUUUUAAUACAGUGAAUAUGAGGUGAUGACAACAUUCAAGGACAGUAUGUGUGUGUAUAACUAAACCACGUAAAAGCAUUUUCUGUCCUAUAUAAUCUAAGUUUACUAGAUACUUUCUCAAAUCAUUGCAGUUCCACAACUUGAGAUGUAGAUUAUGUAUAUCCUAUUUCUAUUAUCUUACCAAUGCCCCAAGUCUCCAAACUCAUGUUAUCAGUCUGUGGUAUACAAAGAGAAUUUUUAGGUAAGAUUUUAAAACUGCAGGGAAAAUGCCAUUUCAUCUUCUUUUGAAUGAUAUAUUAAUAUCAUUCAAAGGCAUACAGUAGGCAUGUAUAAUGAGCAUAAGGUCAAAAGGCACUAAGCAGAAAACCCUCCCUGCCCUGGAGGCGGGAUUUGUUCUACAAAGCCUCCUGUUAUGCCAGUGGCCAACCAGGCAAAUUGGAGUUUUUGUUCUUUUAUUUUUUCCCCCCUGUGACAAGUGCUUUAGUUGCAGCAGAAAAGGAAAUGUGUCAUCUGUGGUUUGGUUUGAAAAGUGGAAAGCUAGCUGUACAUAUCCUUUUUUACUGCAGAUUUACUUUAAGGCUCAUAUUCUUCAAGUCUCUUCUGCUUUAAAUUACUUGGAAGCUGUGCUUCAAGACAAGAAAAGAAGUGGCCUAUUAAAAUCAGGUUAUAAUCAGAUUUUGACCAAGCAUUUUGUAAGAUUACCUGUAUACUCACGGACAUGGAACACACAGGACAUUAUCUGCAUCUUGCCUUUCUGAUGACAACAGUUUUUUCUCCUGUAACAAAAGCAAACUAUACCCAUCUGUGGGCUAACAAUACUACUGUCUGGGAUCCAGAUAUUCAAAAUAAGACAGGCAGAAACCAAAAUGAAAACAUUAACACAAACUCUACAAUUCCUAAAGUAGAUAAAAAAAGUAAUUCUACAAACAUGCCUGAAAUAGCAACAUCAUCUCUCAUCGAAUCUUUAACUCCUAAAUCUGAACUGAAGCUUUAUACACCUUCUGUUGUUAGGAACAGUUCUUCAACAUUACAGAGCACUGAAAACACAAGCAAAAGUCACAGUGAAAUUUUCAAAAAAGAUGUCUGUGAGGAAAACAACAACAAAAUGGCUAUGCUGGUUUGCUUAAUUAUAAUUGCAGUGCUUUUUCUUAUCUGUAUCCUUCUAUUUCUAUCAACUGUGGUUCUGGCAAACAAAGUCUCAUCUCUCAGACGAUCAAAACAAGUAGGCAAGCGUCAGCCUAGAAGCAAUGGUGAUUUUUUGGCAAGCAGUGGUCUAUGGCCUGCUGAAUCAGACACUUGGAAAAGAGCAAAACAGCUCACAGGGCCCAACUUAAUGAUGCAAUCUACUGGAACACUCACAGCUACAAGGGAAAGAAAAGAUGAAGCAACUGAAAAACUCACUAACUAACAGAUGCUCUAG